GAUUUUUUUUUUUGACUAAAUAUAAUUUUUUUUUCUGUUCUUUAGUCUUGAGAAAUAAGAAAGAAAUACGAAAACAUAAAUACCUUAAAUAUAUAUAAAUCGAUUUCUGUUGUUUAGUCUUGAGAAAUACGAAAACCCUUUAACUCCAAUCUCCAAUUAGCAUCACUCCGACCGAGCUCAAUCUCCAUCUUCCUCCUCCGUUCGUUUCCAAGGUCGUUCAAAUUUCUAGUAUGACUAAGUCGUUGGAUGUUCCUCCUAAGGGUGGAUUCAGUUUUGAUCUCUGUAGAAGAAAUGAUAUGCUCGAAAAGAAGGGUCUUAAAGCCCCUACUUAUUUGAAGACUGGAACCACUAUUGUUGGUUUAGUUUUCAAGGAUGGUAUCAUUCUUGGAGCAGAUACCAGGGCAACCGAAGGACCCAUUGUCGCUGAUAAAAAUUGUGAGAAAAUUCAUUAUAUGGCACCCAACAUAUAUUGUUGUGGAGCAGGCACUGCUGCUGAUACAGAGGCUGUAACAGAUAUGGUUAGCUCACAACUGCAACUACAUCGCUACCAUACUGGCCGUGAAUCAAGAGUUGUAACGGCACUGACUCUUCUUAAGAGACAUCUUUUCAAUUACCAAGGUCAUGUCUCAGCUGCAUUAGUUCUCGGUGGAGUUGACAUCACUGGACCGCAUUUACACACUAUCUAUCCACAUGGGUCAACUGACACCCUUCCAUUUGCUACGAUGGGAUCUGGUUCACUUGCUGCAAUGUCUGUUUUUGAGUCUAAGUACCAGGAAAACUUGACUAGGGAACAAGGAGUCAAGUUAGUUGUUGAGGCAAUUUGUGCUGGUAUAUUUAAUGACUUGGGAAGUGGAAGCAAUGUUGAUGUUUGUGUGAUAACCAAGGGUAAUAAGGAAUAUCUAAGGAAUCACCUCACGCCAAAUCCUCGUACUUUUGUCAAUCCAAAAGGCUUUACCUUCUCCAAAAAGACUGAGGUUCUUUCAACAAAAAUUAUUCCUUUGAAGGAGAAGGUUGAAGUAAUUGAAGGAGAUGCUAUGGAAGAGUAACAAAACUGGUCGACUCUGAAACUUGAUUGAUUAGUGCAAUGUUUGUGAUACUGUAAUUGUACUUUUAGAAUCUUGUUUUUAUUGAACCUAAAAUGGUUUUUAUUUAUUUGGAAUAUUGCAAGUAAUGAACCACAAGUUUCAUCA